UGGCAGUCUCGCCGUAACCGCUACGUGCGCUAAGAUGUCUGCGCUGUUGCUGGCAUUGUUGGCGCUAGGCCGAGUUCCCACCGGAGUGCAGUCAUUACUGGCCAAGACAGACAACCUCGAACAGAAAGAGACGACCAUCAGGAAUGCUAGGUUUGGAGAUGUUACGUUCAUGGUGUGGAUGGGGGAAGAGGAGGAGACAAGGUGCGGAGCCGCCGUGAUCUCGGACACGUGGGCGGUCACCGUCGCCUCCUGUGCCCUGCGGCAUCUAGCCGGGGAAGCAAACAUCAUAGCCGCGACGAAGAACGGCUCGCACACCAUCCACCGCAUCGCCGUUGUUGUGGUGCACCACAGCUUCUCGGAGAUGGAAGGCAACAUUGCGCUCGUGCAGGUGAAAGAUCCGUUCUCUGCUAACAGAAACGUGCGGACCGUAGAACUUCCGCUACAAGACGAGGACCUCUCUGCCAGCACAAAGGCCGUCGUCAUUGCGCGUAGGGUCGCAGCGCUGGACGAGGCCAACAGCAGCUCCGGGGGCGACCUGAAGUGCUUGUCCGUGGACCUGGAGUCCCAGGAGGCGUGCGAGGGCAGCCCCGUGUACUCGGGCUCCUUCGCCGUCACCGCCGACAUGAUCUGCGCGCAGAGGAGCGCCAACGCUGCCUACAAGGAAGAGCUGGGCAGCGCCAUGGUGGUACGCAGCCGGCGCCGGGCCAAGCUGGUGGGCCUGCUGGGCUGGGUGCACCACACGGGCCCGCGGGCCGUCGCCGUCUACACCCGCCUCGCCGCCUACCGCCUCUGGGUCCACCUCAAGACGGGGGCGUAGCCCCGGCCGCCAGACAUCGCCACCCCCUCCCCUUCCCUUCCCUACCAAGAAACACGAGUUUACGAGAAUAAUAGUUAUUAAAAUGUGUCAAACCGAUGUAAAAAAAUUUUUUUUUUU